UUAGAAGACUUUCUGACUGGCUGUGCAGCAGGACUGGAUGUGAUGAUGGAUCACUCUUUUCUCUGUGUGCUGGGGUUAUUCUGGCUGUAUACACUCCUCUGCACUGGACACACUCAAGGAGCUGUUCUGACCAUUGAUCCUAACUGGUCGACUUUUUAUACUGGAGAGUCUGUUACCUUCAUAUGUGACAUGAAGAAAGGAACAAACACUGACUGGGAAUACAAAAUCCUCAAGGAUGGUCAAGAAUUGAUUUCCUACAACUCACAUCCACGCUAUACAUUAACACCUUUACAUAUAGGUUAUAAAGGUGAAUACCAGUGCUGUGGUCUUCUGAAGACUUCACGUUAUUCAAAAUGCAGUAAAAAGAUCUCUUUAAAUGUUCGGGAUAAACCCAGAGCAGAAGUGACAGCAGGAACAACAACCAUAUCAGUAGGAGGCAGCGUGACACUGAGCUGCUCUGUGGACAACUCUGCUGUAUGGAAAUACCAGUGGUUCAGACGAACCUCACACACUUCUGAUUAUCACCUUAAAACUAAUGAUGAACAAAACAGAACCAUCAGUGUGUCACAGGGAGGAAUCUACAGGUGUAGAGGAGAGAUAGGAGAUUCAGCCUAUUACUCUGAUAUGAGUCAUGAAGCCAGUAUUAAUAUAAUCUAUUAA